GGACGGUGGCCUGCGAGGUUCGAGCAGACAACGCGGCGGCGAUGUCCGCGAGCCAGGCGAGUGCCGCGGCGGUAGCGGCGGGGCCUCGCGCGUGGCUGGGCGGCCUGGGCUGCGGCCUCCCCGCGGGUCCCUGGAAGCGGGCGCGCGGCCGGCGCGGGAGCAGAGGCGGAGGCCCCGGCGCGUCCUUCUGCCCCGCAGCCUGAGCCCGGGCGGCUGGAGGGCUCCGCUGCCCGAGGAUGGGAAUUCUCUUCACCCGGAUCUGGAGGCUGUUCAAUCACCAGGAGCACAAAGUUAUCAUUGUUGGGCUGGACAAUGCUGGGAAGACUACUAUCCUUUACCAGUUUUCCAUGAAUGAAGUUGUACAUACAUCUCCUACAAUAGGAAGCAAUGUGGAAGAGAUUGUGGUUAAUAAUACACGUUUCCUGAUGUGGGAUAUUGGUGGCCAAGAAUCCCUUCGUUCUUCCUGGAACACUUACUAUACUAACACAGAGUUUGUAAUAGUUGUUGUGGACAGCACAGACAGAGAAAGAAUUUCUGUAACUAGAGAAGAGCUCUACAAAAUGCUAGCCCAUGAGGACCUAAGAAAAGCUGGGUUGCUGAUUUUUGCUAAUAAACAAGAUGUUAAAGAAUGCAUGACAGUAGCGGAAAUCUCCCAGUUUUUGAAGCUCACGUCUAUAAAAGACCACCAGUGGCAUAUCCAAGCAUGCUGUGCUCUUACUGGCGAGGGGUUAUGCCAAGGACUUGAAUGGAUGAUGUCACGCCUGAAGAUCAGAUGAUCUCUUCUGACCCCUUCUCACAGACUCUGUAUAAACAAAGUGCUGGACUUUUCCUGAAAGCUGCAAAAAAAUGGUUUAGAUAUAUUUAUAAUAAACUGACUUAAGAGUUUUCUAUAAGAAGAAAAGUAAGACCACUUAUUUGAAAACAAAGAUGAAAUGUCAUUACCCGGUUUGCUCUCUCAUUCCUUCCAAACCUGUGACUGAUAUUUUCUCAUGAUGAAUCCUCUCAGGACAUGGUAGAGCUCUGGCGAGUACAAAGGGAGAGGAGGACAUUGGAACUCUGGGACUUUAUCUCAACGUGACUCUCCCACCCUGCCCCACGUUGAAUGUUCCCUUCACAUUGAAUCAAAUACGAAUCAGCACAGAUACUGUUUCCAGGUUUUAAAAAUGUAAUAUUAUGGAAAGUAUUUUGCUUCAAGUUGAAUAUGUAUUGUGUAUAUACCUCAAGUUCAGGUUAAUGGCUUUGAUUUGUGCUC